UCUCUUUUGUUGAUUAAUUAUAUUACAUCAUAUCGAAUUAUCAUAUUGCUUUCAUGAUGGGUGUAAAAUUCAACUAGAAAUUCAAGAGAGAGAAACUAUUGUUUCUAGUAAGGAAAGAGAAACAGAAACGCAAGGAUUGGAGGAGAGAGAAAGAAAUGGGAAGUCAUGGUACUAGUGAGUCUUUUGUUAAGAUGGCGACAAUAAAAUUCACGAAGCUGUUCAUCAAUGGAGAAUUUGUUGAUUCAGUUUCAGGAAAAGUAUUUGAGACGAGAGAUCCUAGAAAUGGGGAGGUAAUAGCAAAUAUUGCAGAAGGAGACAAGGAUGACGUUGACUUGGCCGUGAAAGCCGCACGUGCCGCUUUCGACCGUGGUCCUUGGCCUCGCAUGCCUGGCUAUGAAAGGGCAAGGAUUAUGAUGAAGUUUGCAGACCUAAUCGAUCAAAACAUUGAAGAACUAGCCACUCUGGAUACCCUUGAUGCUGGGAAAUUGUUUAGUUCAUUAAAGAACUUUGAAAUACCCGGGACAGCGAAAUUUCUCCGGUACUAUGCCGGUGCAGCCGAUAAAAUCCACGGUGAGGUGCUGAAAAUGUCACGCCCGCUUCAGGCCUACACAUUGCUCGAACCCAUUGGGGUUGUAGGACACAUCAUUCCCUGGAAUUUCCCGAGCAGCAUUUUUUUCACAAAGACAAGCCCCGCCUUGGCCGCAGGAUGCACCAUGGUCGUCAAACCUGCCGAGCAAACUCCACUCUCCGCUCUCUAUUAUGCUCAUUUGGCUAAGCUGGUAUCUAUGCAUAUGACAAAUGGGGUUAUUUUUACCUAUGCCCCAACUACAAGGCUUGUCACACUUUUGCUUGAAGACCAUUUUGCUGGCAUACCUGAUGGAGUGCUCAAUGUCAUAACCGGGUUUGGACCAACUGCGGGUGCUGCCAUCAGCUCGCAUAUGGACAUUGACAUGGUUAGUUUUACUGGUUCAACAGAGGUAGGGCGCGAAAUCAUGAAGGCAGCAGCAAUGAGCAAUUUGAAACCAGUUGCACUAGAAUUAGGAGGCAAGUCGCCUAUCUUAAUUUUUGACGAUGCUGAUAUUGAUAUGGCCUCUGAGCUCGCUCUUCUCGGGUUCUGUUUUAACAAGGGAGAAGUGUGCACGGCGGGUUCUCGUUUGUAUGUUCAAGAAGGGAUUUAUGAUGAAUUUGUGAAGAAAUUAGUCGCGAAGGCAAAAGCAUGGACUGUUGGAGAUCCUUUUGACCCUAAUGUUCGCCACGGACCCCAGGUUGACAAGGUGCAGUUUGAGAAAAUCCUGAGCUAUAUUGAGCAUGGAAAAAGAGAAGGCGCCACUUUGUUAACCGGUGGUAAGCCAGUAGGUAACAAGGGUUACUACAUUGAGCCAACCAUAUUCACUGAUGUUAAGGAAGACAUGUUGAUUGUAAAGGAUGAAAUAUUUGGUCCUGUUGUGGUGCUCAUGAAGUUCAAGACUAUCGAGGAGGCGAUACAGAGAGCAAACGACACGAAAUACGGACUAGCAGCAGGUGUUGUCACAAAGGACUUGAAUGUGGCCAACACUGCUUCAAGAUCAAUCCGUGCCGGCACCAUAUGGAUCAAUUGCUACUCUGCAUUAGAAAGGGAUUGCCCUUUUGGCGGAUAUAAGAUGAGCGGGUUUGGGAAAGAUCUCGGCUUGGAGGCCCUCCACAAGUAUCUCCAAGUGAAAUCUGUUAUAACUCCUAUAUAUAACUCUCCUUGGCUCUGAGCUAAUACAUCGAUGGACAGCGAAUUUAUUUUAUUCUUGUUCCUUUCAUUUUUCCCCUCUGUUUGUUCAUAUAUGGAAAAAAAAAAAUGCACGGGUGUGCUGAAGGCUUAAAUGUUAUAGGGAAUAAGGGUAAACUUUGAUUUUGCUUUGUAUAUUUGUCUGGUACUAAGCUUGUAUACUAUGCAAAACUGCUUACAUG